AUGCAAGUCCAUCCGACCAAGUACGUAGGCCUGGUCGCCGACCUGAUGCCGAACAUCCGAUUGAUGCAGGCAAGCGGACACUUCCUGUUCCGGUACGUCACCGGGCCGAUCCUGAUCCGGAAGGUGUACUCCUGGUGGACACUUGCCAUGGUGCUGGUGCAGUUCUUCGCCAUCCUCGGUAACCUCGCGAUGAACGCGGAAGACGUGAACGAGCUAACGGCCAACACGAUCACGACGCUGUUCUUCAUGCACUCGGUCACAAAGUUCAUCUAUUUCGCGGUCAACUCGGAAAACUUCUACCGGACGCUUGGCAUCUGGAACCAAACCAACUCGCAUCCGUUGUUCGCGGAAUCCGACGCUCGGUAUCACUCGAUCGCGCUUGCCAAGAUGCGGAAGCUGCUCGUUCUCGUAAUGGCCACUACGGUGCUGUCUGUUGUCGCCUGGGUCACGAUAACGUUUUUCGGUGAGAGCGUGAAGGAUGCGUUCGAUAAGGAAACCAACGAAACGUACACGGUGGAAAUUCCCCGGCUACCUAUCAAGUCCUGGUAUCCUUGGAACGCGAUGAGCGGCCCGGCGUACGUGUUCUCUUUCAUCUACCAGAUUUACUUCCUGCUGUUUUCGAUGGUCCAGAGUAACCUCGCGGAUGUGAUGUUCUGCUCGUGGCUGCUGCUUGCCUGCGAGCAACUGCAACACUUGAAGGGAAUCAUGCGCCCGCUGAUGGAGCUUUCUGCCUCGCUGGACACCUACCGGCCGAAUUCGGCCGCUCUGUUCCGAGCGAUUUCAGCCGGUUCCAAAUCGGAGCUCAUCAUCAACGAAGAGAAGGAUCCCGACGUGAAGGACUUUGAUCUGAGCGGUGUCUACAGCUCGAAGGCGGACUGGGGCGCGCAGUUCCGCGCUCCCUCGACGCUGCAGACGUUCGACGAUAACGGAAGGAAUGGAAAUCCGAACGGGCUCACCCGGAAGCAGGAAAUGAUGGUUCGCAGCGCCAUCAAGUACUGGGUCGAGCGGCACAAGCACGUCGUACGGCUCGUUUCGGCCAUCGGUGAUACCUACGGACCGGCGCUGCUGCUGCACAUGUUGACGUCCACCAUCAAGCUGACGUUGCUGGCGUACCAGGCGACCAAAAUUGUCGGCGUUAACGUGUACGGACUGACCGUAAUCGGAUACCUGUGCUACGCUCUGGCGCAGGUAUUUCUGUUUUGCAUCUUCGGUAACCGGCUGAUCGAGGAGAGCUCAUCCGUCAUGGAAGCGGCGUACUCGUGCCACUGGUACGAUGGUUCGGAGGAAGCGAAAACGUUCGUCCAGAUCGUGUGCCAACAGUGCCAGAAGGCGAUGACUAUUUCCGGGGCUAAGUUUUUCACCGUUUCGCUGGAUCUGUUCGCAUCGGUUCUCGGUGCCGUUGUCACCUACUUCAUGGUGUUGGUGCAACUGAAGUAA